AAAAGGGAAAUCGAGUCGAACAUUCUAUUGGGAGAUAACGAUAUUCAAUAAUCAUCAUCCUAUCGCAAAUGAAAUAACGACCAACCGAAACAAUAACAACAACAGCUGCAACAAAUAAACAACUCUCCCCUCUCUUGCACUUCGGAAAUUUACUUGCAUUGCAAACAAUAGUUGAUGAACAUUCAUCAAUCGCAAUAAGUCGCAUCUAUCCCCUUGCUUAUUUAGCCACCAUCUGCCAGUCCAACAUCGCAGUGGCAAUCACAUCAUGUCCGUUCAAGAGAAAGGAUCAACACUGUCCGAUGUGGCAUCUAGUCAUGACGCAAGCGGACCCUCUUCGCCCGUAAACACACAAUCACCAACAACACUUCAAUCAACAAUCAAGUCACAGCAACAUAGGAAAUCCAAUAGUGCUUUCUCACAAGCAGGUAUACCGUCUGACAAGAUUCGAUUAGACGUUUUGCUCAUCUCUGGACAACGGAGGUUCUUCCUUGUGGAUCCCGCAAAUACCGUCAAAGCCGUUCGUGAGAAGGUUUGGGAUGAAUGGCCACAAGAUUGGCCACCUAAACCUACUUCGUUGAACUCGAUGCGCAUUCUACAUCUAGGGCACAUUCUUGACGAUAAAGUGAUCCUAUGUCCUCCCACAACCAGCGGCAAAUCAAAUCAACAAACCUUAAGUCCAGGAGCAAUGACGCCCGGAAAGAGUACAGUUGUGCAUUUACUGAUACGGCAAGAACCACAAAAAAGUUCAAAAGAAGAUGAUUCUCCAAAGGACAAGCUCAAGAAAUCAUCGGAAGCGGAAGAAGAUUCACAAUCAGGUUGCUGUGGCUGUGUUAUUAGCUAGGUGCUUGUCAUUAGUCGCUCUUCUACAUCACUUGUGCCACAGUCUCAUAACACCACACAGCACACCCUUUGGACGUGCAAGGUCUAUUCAUGUCAAGACACUUUUCUCAUCGGAUUUCUGGACUGAUCUACAUCAUGGAAGGAAGCAUUACUCAUACUCUCAAAUCUUUUCAUCGGAAUGUGCAGCAAAAUGAGCAAUCAAAAGCGCUCGGAACGUCCCUACUCUUUCCCCGGUUCUCUGCUAAUUCAAAGAUGAUGCCAAGUCUGGCUUUCAUCUUCUUUACGACACAUACUCCUCUCUUUCUUGGCUUUUCUAUUUUCAUGUGUACUUAUAUAACCGCUUCUUUCGCCUUCAUUUGACAACCAGCUUCUGAUGAGCUUAUUGCCUCUCUCUCUAUGUAUUAUUAUUAUUUCACAUGCCCUCCUC